AUGUUGGGUCUCAUCUUGGCUGGCCUCGCUUCGGCCUACAGCAUCUGGAGCUUCGUCUGCCUCGAGGCCAACGUGCGCAAGGCUCGCGCCCUCGGCCUGCCCGUCGCCCGUCUGCCCGUCGACGCCAACAACGUCUUCUGGAUCCUCCUCCAGCCUCACUUCUACAGCCUCCUCGACCGCCUCCCCAUCCGCUGGCUCUCCUACCCGUCCUUUGUGCGCUUCUCCCGCAGAGGAUGGUACUUUGCCGAGCGCGCCAAUGCCCACCUCGAGCUGGGCCCCAUCUGGGCCCUCGUGUCGCCCGUGAGCAUCAACAUCCAUGUGGCCGACCCUGAUGCCAUCCAGGACAUUGUCACCCGCCGCGGCGACUUCCAACGUCCCACUGCAGAGCUCAAGCUCUACGGACCGUGCAUAUCGACAGCCAAGUGGCCCGACUGGCCGCGCCACCGCAAGCCCAUGGCCACGCCCUUCAACGAGACCAUCAUGGCCUCCGUCUGGACCGAGUCUCGGCGCCAGACUCUCGGCAUGUUGGCGUCGUGGACAAAGUUCGCCGGUGCCGGCAUCCCCAGCUACCAGCGCGACACACGCACGCUCUCCCUCAACGUGCUCGCCGCCGUCGGCUUCGGCAAACCCUACGACUUCCGCGGCUCGACAGAACCUUCCGUUGACGAGAUUGGCGAGUACCGCGACUCCCUGCAGACCGUCCUCGACAACAUCAUCCUGCUGCUCAUCGUGCCUUUCCGCGUGCUCCAGAUGGUCCCGGGCAACUGGGCAAGGAUCGGCAAUGCGGGCGUCUCGUUCAGGAACCACAUGGUCAAGAUGCUCGAGAGCGAGACGGAGGCGCUACAGCAGGGGAGGAAAGGCUCCGGCGGCAUCAUGCCUGGCUUCGUCCGCGCCGUUGACCAGUAUCACCGCGAAUCUACCGCCGAUCCGGAUGCCAAGGGCGCAAAGAAGGGCCUCUCCGUGGACGAGAUCUUCGGCAACCUGUUCGUCAUCAACUUCGCAGGCCACGACACCACCGCCAACACCCUGGCAUUCGCCACGCUGCUGCUGGCGGCGCACCCGGACGUCCAGGCCUGGCUCGCCGCCGAGAUCGAGGCCGUGGCCGAGGGCAAGCCGAUGGAGGAAUGGGACUACAAGCAAAUGUUCCCCAAGCUCAACCGCUGCCGGGCCGUCUUCUACGAGACCUUGCGCCUGUUCCCCCCCGUGCCUGCCCUGCCCUCCAUCACCAGCGACCAUCCCCAGCAGGUAACCGUCGGGGAUAGGACCUACACCGUGCCCGUCGGCGUCAACUUCACCGCCAACCUGCGCGCCAUGCAGACGCACCCGGUGUACUGGUCCAACGCCGACCAGUGGGAACCGUCGCGGUGGAUCGUGAACCCGGCACCUACUCCGGAACAGGUGGCGCAGGAGACAUUCUUCGUCCCCGGCAAGAACAUCUUCUUCCCCUGGGGCGAGGGCCCCCAGAUCUGCCCCGGGCGAAGGCUGUCCGAGGUGGAGGCCGUCGCCGUGCUCGCGUGCCUGUUCAGGGCGCACCGGCUGCGGAUCAAGAAGGACAGCGACGGGGAGAGCGAUGAGGCGACGUACGAGCGGUUUGACAAGUGUGUGAAUGAUGUGGACCUGGUGAUGCUGGUUAGACUGAAGAACGCGGACCAGGUCACCCUGAUUUGCGAAGAGGCGUGA